UAAGUGCAUUUGGGUUUACAUGGUGGUGUGUUUACAGCCACGUAAAUCCCGAAAGUAAUAUUAGAUUUUCUUUUUACUGACAAAUUACGCCUUAGAUAUAAAGCGUGCUCGUUUCCUUGAGAAAAGUUUUAUUAAUUGUGCGGAAUUGUGCGUUACGGUUGUGCAUUGUUUGUCGGCAUAAUGUCUGUGGCAUUUUGGCUUAUUUUUGCGUUUCUUAUAGCAUUCAGUAUUCAGUGGUUGUGGUCGCGGAGAAGGUUUUACGCAAUGAUUUUUAAAAUUCCGGGUCCUGUUGGGUUACCCAUCUUGGGUGCUGCACUAAAGUUAAUGCCUAAAGAAGCUAUUUUAAAAACAAUUCAUGAACAUAGCGAGAGACAUGGAUCCCUAAUGUUCUCCUGGUUAGGAACAUAUCCUUUCCUGGUGGUAACUGAACCAGAUAUAGUUCGUGAUAUACUGACAUCACCCGAUUGCGUAAAUAAAAGCCUGGUAUACGAAGCGAUUAAUAAUUGUACCGGAAAAGGUCUUUUUGGAUUAGAAGACCCGCAGUGGAGUAUUCAUAGAAAGCAUUUAAAUGCCACAUUUAGUCAAAAGGUGUUACUUAGUUUUCUUCCUAUAUUUAACGAAGAGGCCAACGAAUUGUUGCGAACUUUUGAUGACAAAUACGAGUGCGCAGAAAUAAUAACCGUACUUCAGAGCUUCGCAUUGAAAACAGCAAUAAGAACCACUAUGGGAUAUAACUGUGGCGGCCGAAGUAUAGAUGGCGAUUCAAAUCACAAAUUGUUGACUAACUACCAAUGUUUAGUAGAAAACAUGACGGAGAUGGCAUUUUCCCCAUGGCUGGCCAAAGAUUUUCUCAGAAAAUUGCUUCGUAUCUACGAACCGUACCAAAAGGCCAAGGCAGAUAUUCAAAAAUUCCUAAGAGAGCUUAUUAACAAAAAAUAUGUCAGCGAUGAGAGUGAUUUUCAACCACAUGGACCUAAGGUUUUCGUAGACCAUGCGAUUCAGUUGAUGAGAAAGAAUAUCUUUUCACGGCAGAAUGUGGAGGACGAGGUCAAUGUUAUUGUUAUUGGUGCGUUUGAGACUACCGCAAACACGAUAGGGUUUGCUCUUAUCCUGCUAGCGAUGUUUCCCGAAUACCAACAAAAAGUUUUUGAAGAACUUUUAGCAAUUUUUCCCAAGAGAGGUGAUUUUGAAGUGACCUACGAAAACGUGCGGGAUAUGAUCUACAUGGACAUGGUACUGAAUGAGUCAAUGCGCAUCUUCACACCAGUGCCAUUAGUUGCCAGACAAAAUUCCAAAGACCUGAAACUGUCAAAUGGAAUAACCCUGCCAGCCGGUAUACAAAUAUGUAUAAAUAUUUUUACUAUGCAUCGCCGAAAAGAUAUUUGGGGUUCUCGGGCCAACAUCUUUAAUCCAGAUAACUUCCUACCCUCGAAUAUGGAGUUAAAACAUCCCUACGCGUUUAUUCCUUUCACUAAGGGUUUGCGGAAUUGCAUAGGAUGGCGAUAUGGUUUAAUAUUAGCGAAGGUGGUGUUAGCGAAAAUGUUAAGGAAUUACAUAUUUACAACCGAUUUUAAAUACAAAGAUCUAGAGUUCAUUGAAGCUGUUGUUCUGAAGUUAGAGCAAGUUCCUGUUCUAAAAAUACGCAAGCGAGAAUAUUAAUGAAACCAAGCAUUUUUAUAAUUGUAUAGUUAUAAGUAAGUCAAAUAGUGCGAAGUGGACCGAAUCGUAUUUACCUUUCAUUUGUUAGGUGGAAAAGUUGUACGAACUUUUUCUAUAUAAGCAAAAAUAAACAAUAAAUAAUUGGAUGAAUAUCAAG